CCUACUUCACAUAACGGUACUUACUGGCCGAACAGGUGGGCACUGAACGCGAGAACUGUUCUCACUCACUUCACAAAGUGCAUGCAUCGAACGAGGGUGCAUUCCUCUAAGCCUAACUCUUCGCCUUUUUCCCCCGCUACCCCAAACUGUAAACAGUGGUGUAUUGGUUACUCUGACUCGCAAGUGCUACACUCUCGGAUUAUAUUUUUGUUCUAUGGCAUGGGGCCAGGUUAGAUGAUAGUUGAUUCUCCUGAAAUUCUGUGCAUCGUCUGAGAGGGAAGGAGAAGAAAAACGUGUGACCUGUCCGCAAGAAGAUUUUGUUCUUUUUUUUUCUGGCAAUAGAAAAAAAAUCGUGCGAAAGGCCUGUGGUGGAUUUUGGUAGUAGUGGAAGGUGUAGCAUCAUUUGACGGAAAAUUAAGUGAUUUGUUAAGAUUCGGAUGGUGCUUCAAAUGUCUUGGUGCACUACGAGCUUCGGCAAAGUGGAGGUGGCACAGCCCCAAACAUCCACAGGAUCCAUAAAAGCUCAAAUUGAAAUUAUCCCUUGUAAAGUUUGUGGUGACAAAUCCUCUGGUGUUCACUACGGUGUCAUAACGUGUGAAGGUUGCAAGGGCUUCUUUCGAAGAAGUCAGUCAAGUGUUGUGAAUUACCAAUGUCCACGACAGAAGAAUUGUGUUGUUGACCGAGUUAAUAGGAAUAGAUGUCAGUACUGCAGGUUACAAAAAUGUCUUGCUCUCGGAAUGUCCAGGGAUGCGGUAAAGUUUGGCCGCAUGUCCAAGAAACAGCGCGAAAAGGUGGAAGAUGAAGUGAGGUUCCAUCGAGCGCAGCUAGUCCGUCCUCAGGGAACGGCACCGUCCCACUCGACGCCGCAACCCACAGAAACCUCACCGGACAGUUCGGUAUUUGACCACCAACAGCAGCCGUCCUCAUCCAAUCAACAUGUCUCCUACAUUAACAGCGGGUAUACUUAUAAUGGGGACCUGAAUACAUUUUCUACAAAUGGUUACACUUACACUCCCCAAGCUAUUCAAUUUGAUCUGGGCAGCACAGACUAUGUUGACAGCACAACAUUUGACCCUCAACAGCAGCUAGAAACUAUUCCAGAUGCCAACAGCCUGCUCAUAACUGUUGUCCCACCUGGACCCAUGACCACAAAUUCUCAUCUUGAACUCUUAACAAAAACACUGACAGAAGCUCACACAAGAACGUGUUUAUACUCAUCUGACCAAGUAGCUGAGAUCAUGAAAAAACCACCAGAUGUUGGUUCCAUUCUUCUGUACAAAAGCAUGGACCAUGAGCAACUGUGGCUAGACUGUGCUCAAAAGCUCACCAACAUCAUUCAACAAAUCAUCGAAUUUGCCAAGAUGGUUCCUGGCUUCAUGAAACUUUCCCAAGAUGAUCAGAUCUUAUUACUCAAAGCAGGUAGUUUCGAAAUGAGUGUUCUCAGAAUGAGCAGGUACCUUGAUCCUCUUACCAACCUUGUAAUGUAUGGAGACACCAUGAUUCCAUCUGAAGCAUUUACAACUGCUGAUACAUCAGAAAUGAAGCUUGUGAAUAACACAUUUGAGACAGCCAAAAGUAUAGCUGAAUUGAAACUGACAGAGUCUGAGCUUGCUCUAUAUUCUGCUUGUGUUUUACUUUCUCCAGACCGUCUUGGACUUAAAAAUAUCUCAGAUGUCCAGACUCUCUACCAGGCUAUUCUCAAGGCCUUAAAGUAUGAACUUGAGCAAACCCACAAACUUCCAUACAAAGGCGAUGUUCGAGUGUUUGACGUCUUGAUGGCCAAGUUGGCGGAUUUGAGGGACUUGAGCAUGCUUCACAUGGAGACGCUGGCAAAGUUCAGAAUGUCUGCACCACAUCUCGAAUUCCCAGCACUCCACAAAGAGUUGUUUUCCAUCGAGAGCGCUUGAUCAUCUUCCUCCUUGAAAGAUCAUCCAUCGACUCAUCAGUUUUUGCAGUGCCAGAAUUUAAAGUAUUAACGGUGGCCUAUUGAAUUCUCAUUCAUUAACACGCUGCUUUUUCCACGAGAAAAUCUAUGAUUUUCAUUUGGAGGUGAAAGAUUUUAGUUUGACAUGUUGUACAGGGUGAGGAAAAUUGAAAGUGUACAAUUUUCUCUUUUAAAUCUAGAACUGUUUGUAGUUGUUUAGUGCAGGAAAUGUCAGAAAAAGGCAAAUCGAUAAAUAAAUAUGCAAAUAUUUCCAUGUGUAUUGAAUAAAUAAUUUAUUAUUAAUGAAAAUAAGUAAUAGCAUCUUUUUAUUAUUGCAGAAUUUUUUAAAAAAUAUAUAAGAUUAAAAAAAUAAUAUUUUUUCUUGAAAAUAAAAUUAAAAAAAUCGGUUAUUAAAAAUGAAAUUCCAUCUCUGCUAGUAAAUUCUCAGUAUUGUUGAAAUGCAAUUGAUAGUUUAUUAAAAUGUAUGAAAAGUAUAUUUCUUCUGAAACCUGUUGUAAUAGAAUGACUGUUAUUAAUGUGUAAUCUAUAAUAUUUUAGUAAAAAAAUAUUCAUAGUCAUUGAGUUGGAUAUAUUUCAAAUUGUUGCCAUUUUCAAUGCUGUAUAGUUAAAAAAAAAUCCUAUUUAUGUACAUAACCUAUAGUACAAAAAAAUGACAAACCAAGACAUUCUUUAUUGGUCAUGUUGUAUUAUUAUUAAGAUGAUUAGAAAUAACUUAAUGACAGGAGCUUGUUUAGAUUCAUUCUGAGGAUUAAUAUUUCAAAAAUUAAUGUGAUUUGUUACAUUUGUCUGGUUUUUUGUGCUGAAAACUAUCGACAGUUUUGAAUUUCAGCAAUUCCUCACCCUGUAUUAAGGUGCUCGUGUUGGAUAAAUUAUAUUAGAUAUCUAAUAUAUAUUGUUAUUGUUAUUCAAAAUGCUGGAUUGUAAAAAAAGAGAGAAAAUAUAAAUUGUUCAUUAACUAUAUAUAUAUUGAUGCAUUUUUUGUGGAUUUAUUUAUAGACAUUUUGUGAAAGAAAGAUUUCAAGUGUACAACUCCAUUACUUGUCAACUUGAGUUUGACCGGUGAACUAUGGUAUAAAAUGCCAAUUGGCUCCUAUAGGGGAGUCAUUGUAUAGCUCUAUAGAGGCAGUAUUGUUCAUUCCUUUAGAAACUCUCUGCAUCUUUGAACAUCACCUUCUCCAUUAAAAAAAAAAGUAUCUGCAAGAAAAGAUUUAGAAGGAGCAAUAAAUGUGAUACAAAGUGAAGUGAAAGUUACGAGGCUCUAAGCCGAAAAACAUUGUUGAAAAUAGCUUAUGGUGUAGGUUUAUUGUGAAUGGACUACUAAGAUAUUUUGUACAAAAUAUAUAAGAGUUAUUAUUAAUAGAAAUGCCAGGGAUUUAUAUUUCUGAAGCAAUUAUUUGUUACAAGAUGAAUUUUAUUAACACUGUGUGUGUGAACGAAGAGAUUUUUCCUUACUGCCAAUUUUGUGCUUGUGUUUUUAGUUGGUGAUCGGUAGUUUUUAUAUAGUAAAAUACGUUUUGGCUCACUUAUUUAUAUUGCACAUUUAGUGUUUUUAAUGUUUCUUUUGUGUAGCAUGAAGAAAAAAACUUUGUGUUGUGGGACGUUGCCUUUUCGAGAGCAAACUUGGCGAUCAGUAAAAACAAUAUUUUUUAGCUCUCUAGCGGUGUACAAAUUAUUUUUAUUAUGAAUUAUUAAUAUUUAGCAUGUACAGAGCAUUUUUCGUCUUGGGUUUGAACUGUUUCCUAUUUUAAUCAUAUUCUAUUACAUUCAUCUUGCAUAUUUUUUUAUAAAGCAUACUACAUACAUGCAAACUGAAGACAUUUUUUUUUUUUUUCUUUUUUGCCUGCUGAGAAUGCAUAUGUUUGCAAUUCCUGGUACUUAACUUCAUAUUGUAAAUAAUAACAUAAUGAAAGAUAUGAUGAAUUUAUUAUAUGAAACACUAAAGAAGUUCAGAAUUAUAUCCAUUUAUGUGUGUGAAAUGUGCAAUAUUUCAAAGGAAAACAGACAAAAUGUACCUACUGAAUAUAACUCAGGUUUAAAAUAAAUUAUGUGGGUUAUUAAAGCAAUCAACUUGUCUAAAAUCUGAUUUAUAAAAAUCAAUUAUGUAAUAUAUUUACAUAUUUUGUAAAUUUUAGUUUGAAUAUUGUUUAAUUUUUAUUUAAUGUCUUGCAUAAUUAAUUUAAAGAUCGUAUGUAUAGCUAAACAUGCUUUAACUGAUAAAUAUUGUUGUUGCUCACAUUAUUAUAAAUGUUGAGGAUGACGUAAGAUAUUUUUACAAAAUUAUCUUCUUGAAGGUUUAAACUUUUGGGGGGAGGGGGAUUUACUUGCCUUUUAAAUUUGUGUCCCAAAAUAAAUAAUUAUUGAUUGCACAUUUGCUUUUUAAAUAAAUUUCUCAGUUUUAGGAAGUAGAUAUUGAAUUUUUAAAUUUUCUGGAGAGCAUACUAAUAACUCACAUAAAUAGAAUUUUAAACUUGUCUCACAGUAGAUCAUGUGAAUUAUUAGAUAUUGUUUAACUUUUCUGCUCUUGGAAAUUUGUCACAUUUUUAAUGAAAAUAUGUUAUUUUCACUAUUUAUUUUUCAGUAUAUGUUUUUUUGCUAACUUCUUAAUGCCUUUUUUACAAAAAAAAAAAAAAAAUGUAAUGCUGGGAUGUGAUUAUGUCAAUAAAAAUUGUUAGAAACAAUUUUUUUUUUUUUUUUCCAUAUGACUUUAUCACUGCCACCAUGUUAGAAACGAGUUCAUAUUUGUUUCAUAAAUUAAUAUAUAUAAGCAUUAAUUUUUUUCGUGCAUGACUGAUUCUUAUAUGUGAAUGUGUGCUGAAUGAUCGUCGGAGCUUAGUUAAAUUGUUUCAUGGUCACAAGGGUAGUUUAAUUUUAUUUUUAAAAACUUGCUAUUUUAUUCAACAAUUUGUAACUUAUAUGUAAUCUGUUUCUCUAUUUUGUUGUUUUAUAUAGUAAAAAAAAGAAAUUGCUUGUUAAAUAAAAACUUUAUGACAGUGUCUUCCUGAAAGGAUAUGAAUUGUAAUUCUAGUUAUUUGUUGUAAAUGCAUGAACAUUGUAUGAGAGAAAAAAUAUUGUUGUAACUGAAAUUAUAUAUAUAUAUAUAUGCGAGUUAUAUUAAUACUGAUAUGUAAUGUCAUAAAAGUGUUUUUAGAGUUUUUUUUUAAGUUAUUUGUUUAAAUCAUUUCUAAGAUACAGCAAAGUAUUAAAAAUCUGGAUUCAUUACAUUACUUAUCUGCUAUCUGCCAUUAUCUACCUAAUAAUAAAUUUGGUUUUUAAAAAAUUGUAAUAAAUUGAAUAUAAGGGAUUUAAUGAAAAAUGUUAUAUCUUUAAGAUAUUUGCAGAUUUUAUUAAAAUUUAAAUUCUAUAUGGUGGCUUUUUGGCUGCCUUGAUAUUGGACAUGGGUUUUCUGUUGAUUUACAUCUGGAAUUUAUUCUUUGAUCUUAAAGAAUUGUGGGAGUUAGGAGAGUAGGAUGCUAGUUUAUCUAUUAUUCUCUACAUCUGGCCAAAGUUACAAAUUUUUCAGUAAUUUCCUAUGGCUGCAAAAUUUAUAUGGAUGUACCAAAUUAAAAAAAAAAAAUUAAUAAAUGCCUACUGUGUAACUUUUAGAUUAUGAAUACAAUAUAUAUAGUUGUUUCUCAAAUGUAAUUUGCAGGUUAUUAUUGGAUUUUUGAUAUGAAGAUCCUGAUCUUUGUUGCAAUUAAUCCAAAUUAUCAAUGCUUUGCUGUGUUAUAGAAUAUCAGAUAUUAAAAUGAUGGAAGAAUGUUUAGAUGUGCUUGGAUCGUGUGAAUAUGGUAUUUAUUAAUAAAGGUAUUAAAUUAUUUAUAUAUUUUAAAAUCUGAUUUAUCAAGUUUUUUUUUAAGCAAUGCAUUUUUUUUCAUCAUUUCAAUGAAGAAUAUAUGUAGUUGUACUAGUUUUACAGUGAAGGCCUUAAAUAUAUAUUAUUAGCUGCAAAGAUUUUAUGUUGAAAUCUACUUUAUUGUGCCCCUUGAUCUGCUUUAUCACCAAUAUUGCUUCUAUAAUAAUGAAGCAGAGCAAUUUUUCUAGCAGGUCUUCAAUGACUGGUUCACUACAUAACUUGACUUAGUACCCAUGUUGCUUUUUGGCAUUGGAAACUUAGGCAUCAUUUGCGAUAUGAAGGGACACACUAAUUAGAUUUCAGCCAUAUUUAAUAAUGUCAAAGUAUUAAGUAUAGUAUUUUCAGUGACUUUUUUAAAUGCGCUAUCUAGCAAAUAUUUCAAGAAUAAAGUUAGUGUAUUGUAAAAAAUAAAUUAUAUAUAGAAAAUAGACUAUAAUUUUAUGAUGAGUUUUCUCAUAGUUCAUGAGAGAGAAUUUUGUUUUAAACUAUUCACUGUGUGCCUAAUAUAAUUUGCACUAAUGUUUAUGAACUUAGCAUGGAAUUUAAAUUUUAUUCUAUACAAAAUUAGCAAAGUUGUCUUAAAGUUAUAUAAUGAAUAAAUAUAUUAUUUAUUGAGAAUAGUUGUAGAUGCUAAUGCAUGUAGAUAUGUUUACAUGUUAAUAAAAUGGUACUUUUCGAUAGCUUGAUAGCAGCCACAUAUGUUUGCCAAGUACAGCAACCUUGUAUGGUGAAACAUACACAUUUGCAUCAAAAGUGACAUUUUACGCCAACAUUUAUACUUGGUGGCAGCUACUGUCAACCUAUUGGAAUAGUACCAAUAAAAGUUUUAUAAACUAUUUGUUACUGGCAUAAGUUAUAGGAUUGUUCAGGAGUAGGUUAGACUUAAGACCACAGUACAGUGUUCAAGUUGAAUUUUUGGAGCAAUAACUUGCCAAGUUUGGUAUUAGAUUUUUACAGUCAAAACCUAAUGGUUGGUAACAGGACAGGACUGUGUUCUUGAGUCUCAUUCUAGAAUAUUGUAACAAAACUGUUCAUUUUAUUGGAAGCAUUUAAUAUGCAAUAAAGAGAGAAAUUAUAUGUUAUUUGUUAUAUGAUACACUAUAGUUGUAAUACUUAAUUUAUGAACCUCAUUUUGUUUUACUAAUUUCUCAAUGACAAGAAUUGAAUUUAUGGCAAGACUAAGCUUUUUUCAUUUCAAUUUUUAAAAAAAACACACAUUUCUAAUAUUUUAGCUGCUUUUUGCAUUUUAAGAAUAAAAGUGUAUGGUUUGAAAUUAUCUACCAAUUAUUAAAACACAACUUAAAAAGAAAUGGUAAAUUUUGAGUGCAUACAGUUGAAAAUAAAUGCAUUUAAAUUUGAAAUGAAUGAAAAAUUUGGAGAAUAUACUUAUAAUUAUUUGGGGGGGGAUCUGAUUAAUUUGCUAAAUUACUUUAUUGUACUGAAUUCUCCUUUUGCAUUACAUUUUGAAAAAUCACAUGGAAUUCAUUUACUUUUAUUGAUAUAUAUAGACUUGUUUGAAGAUGUUAUUACAAAAAAAUAGUGUGUGUUGAUAAAUUAUGAAUUCCUAUUGUUAACGAGAUAUUAAAAGCUAUUAAAUAAUGUUAUGAACAUUUAAAAAGUAUACCUCUUAAACUUUUAGAAGUGAUAUUUUUAUAAAUUUUGUCUCAUGAUUUUUUUAUGUCUUGAAAAGCCAUACAUAUAUUUAUUUCAGUUGUAGUAUUAUGUCUGAUAAAAAUAUCCCGUUAUUGUUUAAGCAUUUAAAAUUGUUGAAUAUGUACAAAAAAAAUAUAUGUAAGAUGGCACAAAUGCUUAUAAACAUUAAUUGUGACUUUAAUGGGUGCUGAAUCAUUUUUUUUCUGUAUGUUUACUCCCUUGUAUAUGUCUUUUUACUUGAGAAGCCUCAUAUGAUAGACACAGUUUCAUUAAUAUCUUUUAUAGUAAUUAGAACAUUUAAUUUGUUCUACUCAAAAAAAAAAGUUAUGUUUGUAUUAAGACAAAUGUGUAAAUGUUUCAAUAUAUUAUUUUGAUGUACAAUAUUUUUUACUCUUCAUCAUUGUUGGUGUAUGUACAGAUGCGUUUUGUUCUCUUUCGUGGUGUAUUGGAGUUCUGUAAUAUUUUUGACCAUGGAAGAUGUUUCUGCUAUUUUAGAAUAUUACAGACGAAAAAAAGCAAAGCUAUAUAUUAUAUAUUUACACGUCUAAAUAUUGGGCCCAUGGAUGGUACACACCCUUUACCUUGGGUUUAUGUAUAUCGUAAUGAGGCUAUGGUUAACUCAGCUGUAAAAAAUGUUCUUAGUUUUUUAAUUUAUUUUAAAUUGUAUUUAUUGCUACUUUGAUGCUUCGUUAGUAAGAUGAGUUUGGAAGAUGUAUUUAUAGUUUCGAAAUAUUAAUAAGCUACUAGAUUAGAGAUAAUGGGAAAAAAUGUAUUAUUCAAUUUCAAAUCUAUGCUUAAAAAUUUUUUACAAUUUAUUCGAAUGUAUUAUUUAUAUUAAUGCAAAAUACUACAGGAUUUCUUUCAGUUGUUAAGUUUGUAAAACAUUAUUGCAGAUUAAAUAAAUGAAAGUUUUAAUUUGGAUAUAGAAAUUAAAUGAAUUACUUUCACUCUUUAUUUUUCUGGUUGAAAAAAAAUAUUUUCAUUUAUUUAAACCAAAAUAUUUUAAUUUCAUUUAAAAUGAUAAAAUAUUUGUGUUUUUUUUUAAUUGCAGGAAAUUUCAAUUCCAUUUGCAUAUUAAAUUGCAGUGUGUAGUGCAAAUUUUAAUUCAUUUUUUUAUGCAAAAUCAUUUUGUUUAAAAAUAAAACUUUUACAGACUUGUUAUAAAACUGGCUGUUUUGAACCAAUAAACUUACAAAAAUUAUAUAAAAAGAGAUGCUAAUCCUCAUGCAAAAUUAUCAUAUAAAGGCAUAAACUAAAAGUUGUUUCUAAUCAAUAGAGUUUAUUUUAUUAUGAACCCAACAUUUUAUCUAUUUAUAUCAUUAAUUAUGCUUGGAGCUAGCGAAUCAUAGCUUAAAGUCGUUUAGGUGAAAAGUUUUUUUUCUUCUCCAAUUCAUUUUGUUACAACAAAUUCAAAAGAAAGAUACUGGCGAAGUAAAGAGUUAAUGUGAAUUAUUUUGCAGCCUGAGUUAACCAUCGCCUGCAAGAAAAGGGUCCUACAAGUGGCUGUUUCAGUCGAACCCUUCUCUAGAGAUCAUAGAUAUUGUUUAGCCUUGCAAUCUUUUAAUACUGUUGAUGACAAACAAUAAAAGAUACUCUUAUCUUUCUUCUCA